AUGAGUAAUAUGAAACACAUUUCCAAUAAAGACAAAUCGUUACAAAUGAUGAGGGACACGUGGAAAAAAGACACCGAAGAUAUGCUCAUGUCACCAUUAGCGGUGAACACUGACGACAUGAUUGUCGUGACGAUGCCGCCGUUGGAAUUUCUCUACUUUGAUUUAUUGCCCGACAGAAUAAAGAUUACAAACAACGGCCUGACUGUAACGUUGAAUGGAUUGUGGGCCACCGAUCGACAACCGUGCAUCGUGGGUGCCAACCUGGACGACAAGUAUAAUUUUUCUCAUUUGCAUUUCCACUGGACGGACGUCGAUGAUGGUGAUGAUGUCAUAAACGAACACAUCGUCAACGGUCGAGGGCAAGUCACAGAAAACCAACAUUUCGGUAUAGAUCAUAUAACUAGUUAUUUGAGUUAUGUGCGAACAUCAGGCCAAACAGCUGAAAUAAGACCUGUUUUUCCAUUAAGCAUUUUGGUUCAUGACCAACCAAGUGAGUAUUUUACGUACUGGGGAAAAAACGAUAAACGCGGAUGCAAGUGUGGGGUAACACAAUGGAUAGUAUUUACCCAAACGUGCGAUGUUAAUCGUGAACAGAUGGAUCAGUUCCGUUGUAUGCUGAACAAACGCGGGCACACGAUCAAACGGAAUUAUCGGAAAGCCAACCCGGUGCCACCCGGAAACAAAACUCGUCCAUAUCUCGUAGUGUUAGAUGACGUCCAUGGCAGCAAAUCGACGGCCCUCGACGUUGUACCAGCGGAGGUGGUAGUGGCAGCGGUAGACGUCCAUGGCAACAGAUCGACGGACCUCGACGUUGUACCGGCGGAGGUGGUAGUGGCAGCGGCAGUCAGAUCACGUUCCAGAGGACUAGGGAAGACUUCGAGACGCCGAUCGUUGGCCGUCAUCGCAUCGGCAGAAGGCGACAGUUCGAGUCGGACCCUGUGCAUCAAGCCCACCAAAACGCAACUGUUGCGGCGAACGUUUAACCUAAACAAAUUGUCCGUCCACAAGCGUAGUCCAGCAAAUGCCAAGACGACUGCCAUACGUACCAGCAGACAGUCCGAACGCUCGCAGACGGCCGAUUCUGAAGCCGAGAACAAUUUGCGGCCGACGUUAUCGUUCAAAACGACCAGACCGUCGUGGAAGUAA